AAAACGAAGACCCCCCUCACGGAAAACUGUGGCAACUGUGGUUUGAAGCUGGAGAGAUGCGAGCUACAGAAAAACAACGAGAAACGUAGGAAAUGGAGAAGCGCGACUGGACAGGGAAAUAACUGCAGAAAUCUAAACAAUCCGUCAUGCUUCGGUACUCGAAGGAUCACCGUCUUCGAAGAUAAUUAAUUUAAAAAAAAGGAAAAAAAAAAAGACGGGUGUCGGAUUGAUCUGAGAACUGGGGGGGACGGGAGGGGUCGAUCAUGGGGAACGAAGCGAGCCUGGAAGGAGGCGAAGGGCCGCCGUCUGGUCUGCCGGAGGGGCUGACACCUGACGGAAAGGGCGGCUUCGUCCGGAUCUCCGAUGGCACUCCGGUCAACCUGAGCGAACUAAGCGAGGACGAGAGGAGGCAACUGGCCGCGGCGAUGUCAAGGGCGCAGGGCAGGCAACCUGGAGCUCCGGCUGCUGCACGAAGACCUUCAGAAUCUGAUGCUCACCAGCAGGUAGGAGCCUCCAGGGGCCCUGCAGGUCUAAGUAAGAGUCGAACCGUAGACGCCUUCAACCAGGGUCCGCCUGGCAGGCCCACACCAGGCCGCAGCCCCUCGUCCUUAAGCCUAUUUGAAUCCAGAUUCCGGCAGGAGCCAAAAGGCCCGGAGACUAAAUCGUCCGGCAUGUUUGGCUCCAGCUUCCUCAGCGGGGCCAAUCCCCUCAGCGCCGUGUCGUCAAUGACGUCCUCCAUCUCAUCUAUGGGCGACGCCGUCAACAUUCCCAAGUUUGGACUGUUCGGGGACGAGGAGGAGGGCGAUGCGACAGCAAAAGUGGAAAACAAGCAGGGGGGGAAGCCACUGGGGAAGGGCCCCCAGCAGGGUCAGGGACCAAAGGGACCACAGCAGGCAGGACCCCCAAAGCCAGGUCAAGGCCCCCCUGGACAGGCACCGAGGCAAGGUCAGGGUGCACCCGGUCAGGGACCAAAAUCAGGUCCUCCAGGGCAAGGACCACCUGGUCAGGGGCCGAAAUCUGGUCAAGGUCCUCCUGGCCCAGGACCAAGGCAAAGUCAGGGGGCCAAAUCAGAUCAAGGACCCCCUGGUCAGGCCCCCAGACAAGGUCAAGGGCAAGGGCAAGGUGGCCCACCACAACAAGGACCUGGAAAACCUGGACCAAAAGCUCAAGGGCAGCCGGACCCCAUGCCAGCAAAGGGUUCAGUGGCCCCCAGGCAGCAGGCAGCUGGAAAGCCUGCAGAUGGACUCUGUCCGCUGUGUAAAACCACCCAGCUCAACACCGGAUCUAAGGAGCCACCUAAUUACAACACCUGCACUGAGUGCAAGAACCAGGUCUGCAGCCUGUGUGGCUUCAGCCCACCAGACUCUGCGGGUAAAGAGUGGCUUUGCCUGAACUGUCAGAUGCAGCGAGCAAUGGGAGGCAUGGAUCCUCCUGGCAUGUCAAAGCCCAUGCAAGGCUCUGGCCCACCCUCGCCUCAGCGAGGCGGCAAGCCCGGAAAGCUGCUGAUAAAACAGCAGAGCACCUCCGACCAAGGGCUAACGCCGCCAACGACACCAAGGCAGAAAUCCCCAUGUUCCUCAUCUCCUGGACCCCUUUCUCCAGGCUCCUCAUUGGCAGGGUCGCCCAAGAUUGACCCCAAAACAGGGCGUCCCAUUCAGCAGAGGUCCAGCCCUCAGCAGUCCCCAGCUAAAGCCAAACAAGAAUCGAGUUUCUUUGGGGGUUUGGGCGGCAUCAGCUUAGGAGGGCUAACGGAUUCGGCUAAACCCCCCGCAGCGGCCGCGCAAGCGUCGGAGUCGGUUACGGGGAAACUAUUCAGUGGAUUUGGUGGGUUGAUGGAGUCAUCGAAGCCUCCCACACAGGCUACGCCAAAACAAGAAGAAUCCGUGGCUGGAAAGCUGUUUGGGGGUCUGGGAGGGCUGACGGAGUCAGCGAAACCUCCUGCCGCUGCAUCUCAAAUGUUCAGCUUCGGCUCAUCGCUUCUGAGCUCAGCCACCACUCUUGUCUCUGGAGAGGAAACCAAAGCACCCGAGUCUCCGCCUGGGUCACCCAACUCCAGACCAGGUUCUCCUCCUGACUCUCCUUUCUCUGCACCCGGAUCUCCACCGGACUCCGACUCCGCUCCGGACACCCCGCCUGCCUGGUCCAGAGAGCCCCCCAGGCGCGCAGCCACAGAGCAGGAAGAGAAGUCUACAGUGGCUGAGUCUGCUCAGUCGGAAACUUCAGUUGCCAAGGGAAACUGCCCUCUCUGUAACUUGGAGCUCAACGUUGGCUCAUCAGACGCCCCCAACUACAGUGUGUGCAACGAGUGCAAGAAGAACGUGUGCAAUCUGUGCGGAUUUAAUCCUAAUCCUCAUAUAGACGAGAAGGAAUGGCUUUGCCUGAACUGUCAGACUCAAAAAGCAAUGUCAGGCCAGCUGGGAGACGUCCCUCCACCAUCCACGGCGUCCACAAAGAAGCAAGAACCCGCUUCGCCCCCCGACCUCUCCACCACCCCACUUCCUGCUGCUGUAGAUAGCAAACCUGUAGCUGAACCAGUAGAUCCAACCCCACCUGCUACCGAGAUCAAGGUAGCAAAUGCACCCACACCAGUUUCACCUGAACACACACACACUCCUGUAGAGGCCGUCCCUCAGGAAACGCCUGAUUCAGAAGAACUGAUAACGCUCUCAUUAGCAGAUGAAUCGCCGUCUGAUCAGCAGCUUUUAAAUUCAGAGAGUUUAGCUGAGAUAAACUCAGACAUCCCACCUGUUGAGGACAAACCGCUCAGUUCUGAGAACAUAGCAGAGGACAGUCCUCCUCCUGACACAGAGCUACCUGACACUAACCAACAAACACAGAGCGCAACUGUCAGUCAAAUUCUAGCAGCUGAGGAACAACAGAGUAGCUGUGAGAAAGCGGCAGAGAAUCAUCCCCAGUCUGACACACAGGUUCUUAAUGUUGAAGCGCAAACACAGUGUGGACCUGCCAGUCAAGUCCCAGCAGUCGAGCAACAAGGUAGCAUUGACAUUAGGGCAGAGGGUCUGUCUGUAACUGUUGAAGAUGAAACACAAAGCCGAUCGACAAAUGCUGUUUCAGACACCACAGCUGACUCUGUCAAGGUAGAAACUGGUUCGGACGCCGAGACUGCUCAAAGCGAGGGUGCCGCUCCCGCAGAAGAUCAUAAAGCCGUCGAGUCGACACCUGAGACGCUUCCAGAAGCGACAGUUGAGCCAGCUGCUUCGGUGAUCCAUGACACAGUCACUGAGGAGGCUUCACCUCCGGUAAAGCCAGAUUCGACUGCGACCGACGAAAACGAAAAGAAAAUAUGUGGAGUUUCGACUGACGAACCCCAAAAUAUGCCAGCAGAGGUAACUCUAACAGACGCAAAGUUAGAGAUCGACAAACGAGACAUCAUUGAAGAAUCAGGGGCAGACACUGUUGCAGCACUUGUUUGUAAUGAUGUUACUUCAGAUAAUAUGUCAGCAUCAGAGUUGAUAAGCUCUGGAAACCCUGCUGCCAAAGUCGAUGCACAUGACAACACAGGGCAAGCAUUACAAGCAACACCAGCAAACGAUACAGAAUUAGAGAUUUCUUCGGUCAUUGAAGAUAAAAAUUCUCCUGAAGUGUUAGAGGAAGCUGGUCCGGAAGCUGAAACAAGAAAACAGACUACAGACAACGAAGAGGAGCCAGGUUUGGUAGAUGUCUCUCCUGUUGCAGCUCCAUUAGAGAAAGAAACUAAUGUUCAAGAGAAAGCAAAAAUAGAGAGCGCCGAUGAAACCAAAGACUCUGAGAAAAUUAUUGAUGACAAGAAAAUUGCUCUGGAUAAAACACCUGAGAAAGAUAAUGAACUAGUGGGAGUUGAUGCUGAAGUAAAAGUAGGCACAGUAGAACCAGCAGAAGUGAAGUCAGAGGAGGGGGAAUCAUUAAAAGAGGAGGGAAUUACAAAAGAAACAGUUGAUGACCAAAAAGUUCUCAGAAAACAUGAUGAUGAAGCAUGCUUAAUUGGAGCAGUCAGCAAUGAUGCUGAAAAUAUUCUAAUGGAGGUAGAAAAAGAAAGUGCUGCAGCAGUAACUGUCCCAGAGGAGAUGCCGAAAGAGGAUGCUCACAUAAAUAAAGAUAUACAGCAAGAAACCAAGUCUGAGGCUGUUGAAGGAAGCCCUGUUGAGACGACGACGGCGUCGUUACAGAAAUCCGAAGAAAAAGAAGACUCUCCUGCAGUAGCAGAGGCUGUACCACGGACAAGAAAACAAAGGCUGGCGGAUAGCACUUCAGAGAUGGAUGAACAGUCUGACAAAGCAGCGGUUAUCUCUGAUCCACCAUCUGUCGAAUCAAGACGGCAAGAAGCGAAUGCUGCUGAGGUGCCAGUUAAAAGUGUACAACCUGUGCUAACCUCAGCCGAUACCAUCGAAACAACAAAACCCAGUGAUGAAACCUGUGAGGAGGAAGACUGUGAGGGUGAGGCAGAAGCUGGGUUGAGUGCCACAAAAUAUCAAAAUGACUCUGAGGAAGUUGUUGAGCCAUCAGUCAAGGAUAGGGAGGCAGAAACUGACAAGAAAGAGGAUGAGUCACAGGCUGUCGUUGGCAGCCUGAAGGAAGCUAUUUCAGUAUCUGAAGCAAGUGCAGUGUGUGACAAAGAUUGCAAUACAGUGUUUGAUGCAGAAGUGAGCUCCACUUCAGAGAAGCGUGAAGCUUCAGACCAUGUGCCUGCUGUAGUACCUUCAAUCCCAUUAGCAGAAUCUGAAAUCCAGUCUGUAGUUAGUGAGAACGAUGCCGGUUUGAAGGAGGAAGGCACGGAGGAGCAAAUGGAUGCAAAAACUAAGCAUGUGGAAAAGCAUGGCGAUGACGAUGCAGUUACUGAGAUCAAACAAGAGGAGACCUUGAAACAGCCUGAGUUGAAAGAAGCUAAAGAAGACAAUCUCACAAGCCCAUCAGACCUGGCAAAACUAGAAAGCUCUGUGCUUCCCAUUCUAGAGGCCCAGGUAGACACAGAGCAGGAGGAGAAACAGACCAAUACUUUAAAGACCAGACGCAAAUUGGAGGUUCUUCCUCUCUCACCCGAUUCGCCCAGUUCAGAAGAGGAUAAAAACCUUUCAGAGAAGAAUGCCAAAAGUACUGGAAAGAAAAAGCUUCUUGUGCCAAUUGAUGUCAAGGCAGAUUCCUUGGACGACAGCAGCGAAAGUUUUGGAAAAGAAAGCCCGAUGUCCGGAGAUGAUGAGGAGUUCAUCAGGAAACAGAUCAUAGAAAUGAGUGAGAAUGAGGACGCCUCUCCAUCGGACGAAGAAAGCUUAGUCAGGCGAAAGAUUAGAGAUGACGAGAAGAAGCCAAAUGAGGAGAAGAAAGAAGAGAAAAGCAUAUCAGGAAAAACAAGACGGCUAACUAAGAAAACUACUAUUAGUCCCGAUGAUGAUGACGUUCAGGAAUUCACAGUGUCAGCCGACAAAUCUGAUAUUAUCAAAGAGGAUGAGAAGGAACAAAAAGAAGAGGAAGAUCAAAGAAUUUCUGCACCCCGCAAGUUACAAACUUUUGAGCUGAAUGUAACCAGCAGCCCUAUAUGUAUACCUAGUGCAGAUGGAGAGCCUGAAAUAGAAAGUCUAACAGACUCUCCAGAUGAUCGGUCUCGGGGUGAAGGGUCAUCUAGUCUACAUGCAUCUAGCUUCACUCCUGGAACAUCGCCGACGUCUCUUUCAUCCAUGGACGAGGAUAGCGACAGCAGCCCAAGUCAUGUUCGUACCGGUGAGGGUAAACGGCACAGAAAAGCCAAGCACCGACAAACUGGGCAAAUGCUACCAACUAUUGAAGACUCAUCAGAGGAGGAAGAGUUAAGGGAGGAGGAGGAACUUCUCAGGGAGCAAGAAAAGCAAAAGGGCUCAGGAAAAAAGUCCAAGAAAGACAAGGAUGAGAUUCGGGCCCAAAGAAGGCGAGAGCAUACAAAGACACCUCCGAGCAACCUUUCUCCAAUUGAAGAUGCCUCACCAACUGAAGAACAGAGACAGGAAGCCGAAAUGGAGGAGAUCAGACGGUCGUCCUGCUCCGAUUUUUCCCCUAGUAUUGAAUCAGAUCCUGAAGGAUUUGAGAUCCAUGCCGCAAAAAUUGCAGAAGUGCAAAAAACAUAUCGGCUGCCUAUAUCUGUAUCUCUUCACUCCCCAACAGAUGAUCAAAACACUGAUAAAUCUCAGAAGAAAGCUCUCAAAUCUGCUGAUGAGGCCUAUGAAGAAAUCAUGCUAAAGGCUAAAUCCCCAACAGUCGACACAGGUGAAAUUCAAGCAGAAAAGGAAACGGUAUAUGGUGGCAUGCUUAUCGAAGACUAUAUUUAUCCAUCUCUUCUUGACAAUUCUUUUGAUCGGGAAGAGACGGAGAAAAUGUCUGUUCCUGUUGAACCCAAAAAACUGAGAUCGCCCGAUGAAGUUUAUGAGGACAUGAUCAAGAAGAGAAAGGAAUUCAUGCAGCUAGAACAGGAAUAUGAAAAUAUAAAGCCAAAAAAUGAAGCCCCUAAUCCAAAAAUUGUGUUUCAACCAGCUGAAAGCACCUUCCUACAAAGCGGCACGGUGACAUUAGGCAAAGACGGGAAGCCACUGUUGGAUGCCGAAGCAGCCUACGAGGAGUUGAUGAAAAGAGUUCUAACUCCAGGAACAAGCCCAACUCAGCCUGAGCCAGAAAUUGAAAGUACUUCAUCAAAAAAGGUUCUUCACCCUAUUCCAGACUUAAAGGUAACACAAUGCUCUUCUGGAGAGUUAUCCUCUGAUGAUGAAACUACAGUUAAAAAGGAACAGGUGGUGACGGGAACAUCAGAUAUAACAUCAGAAAAGCAAUCUCAACAUGUAAAAGAAGCAUCUGAGAUGUCCCCUUCAACCACAACAGAACAGACAGAACAGCAGCCCGACAAUGAAACCUCUACUUCUCAGGUUGAACUUGUGGACCUUUCUAGUACUGUUCCGAGAUCAUCAGCUUCUGUUAUUGCUAAUGUGUCACCGCUACCAACAGUCCCCCAAUACACACCUAGUAUAUCUAGUGUAGUGUCAACAGCUCCCCCUGUGCCCCCUAAGCCAAAUAUUUUGCGCCGGGCUAAUUCUCAGGAAAAAGGAGAAGAACCUGUUGCGCCACCCCAGCCUCCUCCCACUCCACCAAAACCCACAGUUUUUCCCAGGAAAGCCCCAGUUCCACUUCCACCUCAGGCUUCAGCACCUGUGAAAAAAUCUGAGCCGGUGACUAUGACGUCACCCCAAGGAUCGCCUGUUCGACAAGUUGUUACUCCAACGUACAAACCUCAUAUUCCACCUCCUGUUCCUCCAAAGCCAGCUAUUCAUGGGAUUGUGGACAGUCACAGAUCAGCACAUGGUGUCAAACCACCAAUUGCACCAAAGCCUGGUUCACAGCCACCUUCACCUGCUCAUGCCCCUCUUCCAACAAGACCUACGGUACUUCCCACUGGUCCAAAUGACUCAGUCCUUAAUUUGAGCCCCUCUACAGAGGGCAAGACAUUUCAACCUUCACCAAAGUCUCCUUCUUCCCCAAGAUAUGCCAGCAAUCUUCGUGACACGUAUGUAGUCAUCACACUGCCAUCCCAGCCUAGCUCUCCAGUUGACAGUGUCACAACUCAAGCCCCCUCUGGUCCUGGACCGGCGUCUCCCUCAAAGCAGGGUCAGCAUGAGGGUUAUUAUCAACCACAGCCUCAACACCCAUAUCCAAAGCAAAAUCAACAGCAACCAACCCCUCCUCCUCAGACAACCAGAGUGCCUCUGGCGUAUACACGUGUCACAGAGUCUAUUGAAAAACAAGAGAUUUGCAGCCCAGAGAAACACGUUUCUAGUUCUUGUCACAUAAUUGAGGCCAUAUCUGCUUCAGCACAGCCAUCUGUUAUGCCUAACCUCAUAUCGCAAGUGGUUACUACGGAAGUUCAAAGAACCACUGUCUCCGUUGUUCAUGAAAGAACACCACCGCCAGUACCAGCUCCAAGAGCAACUGAUGUCCCAAUGUCAAUGGAGAAACCUAAGCCUCAAAUACUAGCACAGACUGAAACGGCCUCACUUCCCUCUGAGGUGGUAGAUCUUAGAACUGUUAAGGUUGAUUCAGAUUCAAACAUGAAUGGCGUUGAUCUGUCCACCGCUCCAGAUUCAAGACGCCAGUCUUUUGUGAGUGAUGUCAGUCGCCACAUCAGUGCAGUGCAAUCACCUGUGGUCAACCUCAGCACUGAAUCCUCCACUGUUUCAAUAGUGGCUGACAGCAUCACUAUUGUGACCUGUUCUGCCACAAUUCAGCAAUGUGACAACAUAGAAGUUUCUCAAGUUUCGUCCGUGCCCCUUCAGUUGACAAAAAAUAAGGCUUUUGAACCCGUUUCUCAAAUUGUAUAUCGACCUGUUGAGUCUCAGCCCUCCACUCUUGCAACAGCAGAAAUCCCAAUUAACCUUUCAGUUGGAUCGAAUACAGGUGCAGUAGGUUUCCAAGCUAUGCCAGUCACUGCUUCAGUCCCUCCUGUGGCAACCUGUGUUGCCAACGGAUUAACUACAGGAAGAACCACAGUGGCAGGAGCUGUUGAUCUUAGUACCUCAAAACCUUUCAAUACUUUGGUAUCGGUUGACGUGACAUCUGCAGACGUGUUUACAACCGUAAUCGCAGACGACGGCAAACCAGUGGAUCUAACAGCAGGGAAGAGAGCUGUGUGCUGCGAUGUUGUGUACAAGCUGCCAUUUGCAGGAAGUUGUGCAACUCAGCAGCCCACCACGCCUCUGCCUGAGGAUCGUUUUGGAUAUCGUGAUGACCAUUAUCAAUUUGACCGAACACCUUAUGGCAUGAGAGGGUUUGGUGGAAUUAAGCCCUCCAUGUCAGACACCAAUCUUGCAGAAGCUGGGUUAUUCAUGUACAAGAGUAAGAACAGUUAUAAUUUCAGUGUCACAACAGAGGGAGCAGUAGAUCUGACCUCAGCGAAGAUAUCAGAUGCAGGUGAAGCUGUUGACUACUCCAAGAAAGGCAGUUAUGCAGGAAUGACAAUCCCCCCAUAUUCCCAUUCAAGUGCCACAAGCGCUGUCAGUUCACUCUUUGGGACAAGUAGUGUUUUAAGGUCAUCAAAUGGAGUGGUCUACUCAUCUGUUGCAGCGCCAGUCCCAUCAACAUAUGCAAUUACUACUCAACCAGGAUCCAUAUUUAGUACAGCUUAUAAUACCUUUUCAGGUAUGCACACAAGUGAUACCAUGCCUUCUUUGUCCAAUCUCCAGAAUUUACCACUUACAAGAUCCCACAGUUUUCUCUCUACCAUUUCCACAACAGAAGAACAAGGAGAUGCUCCUCUUAACCUGGAGAUCUCAAAGGGAGGUGUUGCUACUGUCAAUGGUACAGCUACAGCAGCUGCAUCUUUAUCCCUUGACACAUAUACAGAUGCAUCCCUGGAGGCAAUAGCCGCUUCACUGGAAGCUCUCUCGUCCCCCAUGGUUCCUGGAGAUGGCCAGUAUCAGGCAGAGCGAGAGAGGCUAGAAAUGGAAAAGCUGAAGCAGCAGCGCUUAGCUGAGGAAUUGGAAUGGGAGCGGCAGAAUAUCCAGCGCUUCCGUGAGCAAGAACAACUCCUAGUACAGAAGGAAUUGGAAGAGUUGCAAGCCAUGAAGCAGCAGAUCCUGACUCAACAGGAGGAGGAAAGACAGGCUCAUCUGAUGAUGCAAAAGGAAACGUAUGCUCAACAACAGCAGCAACUUGAGCAAAUACAAAGACUCCAAGAACAACUGCGGCUACAGUUGGAAGAGCAAAAGCUUCGUCAGAUGUACCCAGGUGCAGACAUCCCAGGUCAUGGCGUACAGGAGGCCAUUGUCCUAGGACCUGAUGGAACAGUGCUUUCUCGAAAAAUCACAGAUAGCGGAUGUCAGACAGAUGAAGAGGACGAAGCACUAAGCAAAGCUUACACAGCAGGAAGAAAAAAGAAAAGUGUUAAAAAGAGUGUUGAUAGCUGCGUCCAGACUGAUGAUGAGGAUCAAGAGGAAUGGGAGGCCCAGAGAAGUCGACAAAGCCGUCCCCGUACUGCUAGAGGUGAUAGGGGUGGGGGAUCAGAAAUGUCUCUUCAAGCCCACACUGAAAUUUCUAUACAAACUGACACGGAUGGGAAUAUUCGAAUGGACACUAGAAUGGAGGUGUCAGAUUCAGAAAGGACCUCACCAAAGAAACGCCCUACUCCCUUAGAAAUAGCCCAGUCUGCAAACCUAAAACCAGAAUUUUCUUCCCUUCAAGGGCAUCCUAAAUCGCCUAAAGUACUAUAUUCUCCUGUAUCACCAUGUAUAUCACCUAGCAAAUCCCUUGAAUUUGUGUCCUAUGAUAAGUCCCUAGGCGAUACCAGCCCACAAAAGCUAAGGGAAAGCAUAGACCCAUCAAAAUCCUCUCCAGCAAGUCCUCGGGGACACAAAACCAUGCAGCGAUCGAUGUCUGACCCAAAGCCCAUGAGUCCAACAGGAGAAGAAAGGGCAACAUCUGGUACGCAGUGUGGUGAUGGCCAUCCGGGGAAAGGAUCAGGCGGCACACCCACCGAGACGCAAAAGAAGGUGAAAAGGACUCUUCCCAAUCCCCCCUCUGAAGAAGAGUCAACAACAAGUGGACAGACGGCAUACACCACGAACUCAGCUCGCCGAAGAAUGUGCCGAAAUUCAAACAUGGCACGUGCCAAGAUCUUACAAGACAUUGAUCGGGAGCUGGAUCUGGUUGAGCGAGAGUCUUCCAAGCUCCGCAAAAGACAGGCAGAACUCGACGAAGAGGAGAAAGAGAUUGAUGCUAAGCUGAGGUAUUUGGAGAUGGGGAUCAAUCGCAGAAAAGAUGCACUUUUAAAGGAAAGGGAGAAAAGAGAAAGGGCCUACUUACAGAGUGUCGCAGAGGAUAGAGAUUACAUGUCAGACAGUGAGGUUAGUAACAUCCGAGAGACCAGGAGUGUCGAAGAUGGUGGUGAAGAUGAGGACAUAGAGGACCACCUUCUUGAGCGCCCCAGAACAGCUCCUCACUCAGAACUUGAUGAUUUUGCUCCUCCCCAAACCAAGCAUGAGUAUGGAAAAUACUCUCAGUACCAAUAUCCUCAAAGCCAAUACCAGCAGUCAAUCUAUCAGACUCCACAGUCGUACCAAUCUCACUCCAUCUACUCCUCUGUUCCUUCACUUACCACUGCCCAGCAGCAGAGUUACCAGCAGAUGCUUUUGUUGCAGCAGAAAGCGGCAAGGCAAGCGGCUCUCCUGUCAGAGCUCGAUGCGACUAAAUACGAUGUCAUUAGCCGUCAGCCUGAUCCCACGUCGUCAGCUUAUCUUGGUGUCAAAUAUGACAAAUACGGUAACCAUCUAGACCUCAGAGCCCUGGAGGUGGGAAGCAUAGCAGGUAGCCCAAUGUCAGCCGUUUCUGAUUCCUACUACACAGAGGUGGAACACCACACACCUCGGAGCUACAUGCUGCUGGAAGACGCUGCAGAGUUAGCUAAGACCUCCACAGGUCUGUCUUCGUCUUACAGUCUAGCCGAGCGGGAACUGGCUAAGGCAGAGAAGCUUUUGCGUAGAAGUGCUGCAGAUCUUGGGUCUACUGACUAUCUGGGCUCCACCUCUAGGCUCCAUGCUUUUGGAAAGACUCCUGAUGAAGAGGAUACAAUGGAGGAACCCUAUGAAUUAAAACUCCUGAAGCAGCAGCUCAAGCAGGAGUUUAGACGAAGUACAGGUGGCACAGAAAGCUUAGAACAACUGACGGGUCUCUCCCAAAACUACUAUACUCCAAGCACUGGUGUCUCUAGUUAUUCCCAAAGACACUAUCCAAAGUCAGACAAAUACAGCAUCAGUCGACUUACUCUUGAGAAGCAGGCAGCAAAACAACUCCCAGCAUCAGUUUUGUACCAAAAGCACAAAACUCCAAUACUAGAUCCUAAAAUCUCCUCCAAGUAUUCCUCUAUAACAGACAACAGGGGUUUGGAAACUGAUUAUAACUAUUUGGGCUCUACCAGUGCAUCGCCCAGAUCCAGCAGGCUGCUGCAGGAUGAAAUUACAUUCGGCCUUCGAAAGAAUAUUGCAGAGCAACAAAAGUAUCUUGGGUCUACCUUGGGAGCCAAUUUAGCUGGAUCCCUAAAUUUGGGCCAGAGCUUGGGCUUGGACUCUGCUUAUCCUAGUGGUAGCCGGUCAAGACCCUCAUCCAGACCUACUUCGUGCUACGGCCUGGACUUGUCAAUCAAAAGGGACCUUUCGAGUUCUUCACUGAGGCUUAAAGGAGACGGAGAGUCAUCUGGAGACGGUCCAAGUUAUCAAACCCCCUCUGGUCGCACCAAGCCCACCAGCCUUCCAAUUGUGCAAAGCAGUCGUGGACGAAUUCCUAUCGUGGCACAGAACUCAGAGGAAGAGAGUCCGUUAAGCCCUGUUGGUCAACCAAUGGGCAUGGCUCGUGCGUCAGCUGGUCCCCUGCCUCCUAUUUCAGCUGACUCGAGGGACCAAUUUGGUUCCUGCAUGUCCCUACAAGAUUCCCAGCAGCAGCAACAUAUACGAGAAGAGCCAACAAGGGGUAGGAGUUAUGUGCUGCUGGAUGAUCUUCAGGGCACAAUGUCAGAUAGUGAAGCCCCAUGUGAUUCCAUGAUGGCAUUGAACAGGGACGAUGCAACUGAUGCCUAUCACCUCAGGCGAGACGAGACUGACUGGUUUGACAAGCCGAGGGAUGGACGGCCAGAGAACGGUCAAGAAAAGAGACAGGGAAAAGGUCCAUACUAUCCGUUCCCUCACCUCAGGGUCAAACUGCAGAGGGAUCUCAAAGACCGCAGUGUCACAGGAAAUGGUUUGGGUAUCCGUGUAGUUGGAGGAAAAGAGGUUCCAGGUGGGAACGGAGACAUUGGUGCAUAUGUUGCCAAAGUCCUACCUGGUGGCGCUGCAGAACAAACAGGAAAAAUUCUUGAAGGAAUGCAAGUGUUAGAGUGGAACGGUGUUCAACUGACGGGAAAAACGUACGAGGAAGUGCAAGGAUUGGUUGGACAGCUGUGUAACGAAGCAGAACUGUGUGUCAGACUUGAUCUUAACAUGUUGGCUGAGUCUGAAGAUUCCCAGCAUCUUGAAUUGCAGGAGCCCAGCAAAGGGGAGAAACCUCCCCGAUCUCCAGGCGUUGAUCCCAAGCAGCUAGCUGCCGAGCUGCAGAAAGUGUCACAGCAGCAGGCUCCCAUGUCCGCAUCGUCCUCGAGCCUGGCCGCUCCGACGUCUGCGACGUCCAGUCCCGGUCAGCCUGGAUCCCCCUCCGUCAGCAAGAAGCGCCACGCCAGCAAGACCACAGAAGGAUCCAAGACCCACUCCCACCCCAUCUCUGGAGAGAUACAGCUUCAAAUCCACUACGACAAGCAGCUUGGCAACUUGAUAGUUCAUGUCCUGCAGGCCAGAAACCUCGCACCGCGCGACAACAACGGCUACUCGGAUCCAUUUGUAAAAGUGUAUCUCCUACCAGGGAGAGGUCAGGUCAUGGUUGUCCAGAAUGCCAGUGCCGAAAACAAGAGAAAAUCCAAACAUGCAGGCAAGAGCCUCAAUCCUGAGUGGAACCAGACCGUCAUCUAUAAAAACAUCCACCUGGAGCAGCUGAGGAAGAAGACUCUGGAAGUGAGUGUUUGGGACUAUGACAAAGGUUCCUCUAAUGAUUUCUUAGGAGAGGUUCUGAUCGACCUGUCCAACACAGCCCAGCUGGACAACAUUCCCCGAUGGCUCCCCCUUAAGGAGCAAAGCGAAGGCGACCCCCACAGACGUUCCCACUCAGGCCAGGGUCGUCAUGGUUCCUCCAAGCCCUCCUCGCAGCACUCGUCCCCUAAAGUCUCCGGCCCCGCUCACGACAGCCAGGAUUCCCCCAAAUCAUCUGUCACCAAGAGUCGAAGCCAUGGGAUCUUUCCAGAUCCAGCCAAGGGCCAAAGGAGCCAGCUCUCGCUAAGGCACCAGAGACACAGCGUAGUUGGUGUGCUCACCAUUCAGAGACCCCAGUCUGACUGGCUGCCUGCCCUUCCAUCGACCCUGUCGGCCAAAGGGAGCAGAGCAGACGGCAGACUCCUGAGCCUCAGGAAAGCUGUGUCAGAGGAGAGGCCGCAGAGCAUCGGAGCUCGGUCGAGCUACAGAUCAAGCGACGCUCCAGUUACUGCGGCCUCGUUGGACAGUGGCCUGAGCGGUAGUGCUUAUAGCCUUUUGGAUGAAGAAGGAGAGACGAAUGAAGUGGACAGUGCAAUCUUCCAGGUCCCUCGAUUUGGGAAGAUCCCGAAUGGCACAGAUGUGACGAAAUCUUCAAUGGGACACGGUGAUGGUGAAGGAAAGACUCAGGUGAUGGGGGAGAUCAAGAUCGCUCUGAAGAGAGAGAUGAGGACAGAGGGGGAGCAUCUGGUCCUGGAGAUUCUUCAGUGUCGCAACAUCACCUACAAGUUUAAGACUCCGGACCACUUGCCUGACCUUUAUGUGAAGCUCUACGUGGUGAACAUCGCCACCCAGAAAAGGAUAAUCAAGAAGAAGACCAGGGUGUGUCGUCAUGACCGCGAGCCGUCCUUCAACGAAACUUUCCGCUUCUGCAUGAACCCGACGGGACACUCGCUGCAGCUCUUCCUUGUGUCCAAUGGAGGCAAGUUCAUAAAGAAGACGCUCAUCGGAGAGGCUUACGUGUGGCUGGACAAAAUGGACUUGCGCAAACGAGUUGUGGGCUGGCACAAGCUUCUCGCUAGCACGGCCCAGAUCCACUCGUAGGGAGCCACCGAAGACUUUAAAGCAAAAAAAAAAAAAAAAGAAAAAAUGAUGGGUUUGUUGUGAAAUCAAAGGGAACUUAGCUGAGCAUCUACGAGACUGGUCCCGUUUGGAUGAAUGGAACAAAAGGAGACCAAAUCACUCCACCUCGGUUUGGGGCUUGUUUCGGAUGACGCUCUCGGCACAGGGACCUUGGAUUCACGUUUACAUGAAAACGAACACGUUUACAGGGGGCGCGGGACACACCGUCGUUUUUCCAAAGGGAAGAGACGAGAAACGGCAGGUGAUGUGGCUCAGCAGAGGUCGAGAUCAACCAGGUAUUACACAUACUAAUCCACAAACACACACACGCACACACACAAUUGCUUUGCACAAAGUCAUUUCCACCCAGCAGAGGACCAUUAGCUCUAAAGAUACAGGGGGAAACCAGGGAAUCGACACACUUAUAGAUUUGAAUUUAUUCAGAUGCUUUAUUCAGUGAUGAGUCUUUUCAUCAGCACUUAUUUGUUUUUUUGUUUUUUUUCCAGAAUUGUAUUGAAUUUCAAAGCCUUUUAGAAAUGAGACAUAGAAGGUUCUGCCACAGAAAAAUGCUAUUUAUUUUUUUAUUAUAUUAGCGUAAAAUUCUAUUCUUUCUCUCAGUUAUUUAUCAGAUGUUUUAAAAAAAAAUUCCAUGCUUGGACGGAGGCAUAUUUUCCAAAACACACUACCUACCUAGCAUUCCAGAUCAAGGAAGAAGAAAACCAAGCAUGUCUUAGAUUUUUUUUUUUUUUAGGUUUAAUGAACAACUGUACUUUUUCUCCUUUGUUGUCUAGCUGAAUUUGUUUGGUAAAGAAUUAAUAUAAAUAUAUACCAGAUUGGAUACUAUACAGUAUAUUGUGCGCAUGAGUCUAUUUGGCAUGCAGCACCACAUGCUUUGCCACUAAAAAAAGAAGAAGAAAACAAAAGCAACACCUUUAAGACUCACUCUGUAAAUAGUGAAGUGUCAUAGUUGGAGAUGAAAAUAUUUCAAUAAAUAGAUAUCUUUAUCACAGACAAUCAUGUCUUGACGAUUGUGACAUAGAGGUUUUAUUUAUCCGCGAUGCCCCCGUAGAACGUCAGACGUCGACCGUAGACUUCCUGUUUUGCUUUGUGAGAUCCAAGUGGCUGCGAAAGAGGAUUUGUUGUUCACACCAUUCUUCUGUUUUUGUCAGACUUGAACGUUCCGAGACUUCGAGCUGUUUUGAAAUCAGACAAAUAUAACGUCAUGAAAUAAAAAUUA